CUCUAGCAGUCUCUAGGUGUGUGAGAAGUCCUUUCUCAGUCCCGUCUAUGCCAACAACCUUACACACAACGUACCUAGUAAACAACACACAAUGCCUAGCUGCCGGCUGCUUCACAGGCUGCCUCUACGGCCUGGCACAGUCCGGUACAGCAAGCCAUGGCUGCCAAGUCCUCGCGGUGUCUCGGACCCGCGAAGACUCGCACUGGAGACGUACAAGACAAGUUUAUCACCACCAUACUCUCUUAUUGCCUAUCACACCACCACCAAGCUUGCGUCAGCAACAACAACAACAACAGCAACAGCAACAGCAGCAACGGUCGCUCCUCCGCCUGCUCCUGAACCUUACAGGCCCCCCCGAACCGGCCUCCUCUCCUACCUUCCUCCGUCUUGGGUGCCCUACGCCGAGCUGAUCCGCCUCGACAAGCCCACCGGCUCGUAUUACCUCUACUUCCCAUGCCUCUUCUCCACCCUGCUCGCGGCACCACUCGUGAGCCCCAUGGCGAGCCCUGCCACCGUGCUGGGCACCUCCCUCCUCUUCCUGGCGGGCGCCGUCGUCAUGCGCGGCGCAGGCUGCACGAUCAACGACCUCUGGGACCGCAACCUGGACCCGCACGUGGCGCGCACGCGUCUCCGGCCCAUCGCGCGAGGGGCCGUCACGCCCUUCCGCGGGGUCGUCUUCACCGGGGCACAGCUGCUCACGGGGCUAGCGAUCCUACUGCAGUUCCCGACGUCCUGCUUCUUCUACGCGACGCCGAGCCUGCUGUUCGUCGCGACAUACCCGCUGGCGAAGCGCGUGACCUACUACCCGCAGUUCGUGCUGGGCCUGACGUUUUCCUGGGGCGCCAUCAUGGGGUUCCCCGCGCUCGGAGUGGAUCUGCUGAGCAACGGGACUGCGCAGGCGGCGGCGGCGCUGCUGUACACGUCGAAUGUCGCGUGGACCGUGCUGUAUGAUAUGAUCUAUGCGCACAUGGACAUCAAGGACGACGCCAAGGCGGGCAUCAAGAGCAUUGCGCUGAAGCAUGACAAGGAGACGAAGCAGGUCCUCACGGGGCUGGCACUCACGCAAGUAGCACUGCUGGCUGGGGCAGGGAUUGCGACGGGGGCUGGCCCGGCCUUCUUCGUCGGGAGCUGUGGAGGUGCACUGGUGACGCUGGGGAUCAUGAUCAAGAGGGUCAACCUGAAAAGCGUCAAGAACUGUUGGUGGUGGUUCGUCAACGGCUGCUGGAUCACGGGGGGCGUCAUCAGCCUGGGGCUGGCCGCUGACUACCUUGUUCGAUAUGCCCACAGGGAUAACGAGGAGUCGACGUGAUGCAUUGGGCCCUGUUGGGGCUUGUAUGAUAGAUCCCGUGUACCAUAAACCCUUCGUGCAGACCCAGCCCCAAGGCUCGCGUUGAGAAACAGCAUUAUACAUGACGCCAUUCCCAAGCACAUGAACCGUUUGCUGUCCUGGGUU